AGGCUUCAGAAGCUCCCGAAAUACCUACUUUUAGAAAAUGUUAAAGGAUUUGAAUCCUCUUCUGCGAGAAAUGAACUUUUGCAAACACUACAAACGUGUGGAUUUAAAUACCAAGAAUUUCUCUUGUCUCCUACCUGUCUUGGCAUUCCCAAUUCUAGACUGCGAUACUUUCUAAUCGCAAAGCUUCACCAAGAACCAUUUUUCUUUCAAGCUCCUGGUCAGGUUUUGACAAGAUUCCCAGAUCAGAAUCUGGACUUACUCAAAGUCAAAGUUGCUGACAAAGUGAGUGAAGCUAGUUCUUCCUUUUCUUGUGAUGAGAAGAAUGUGGAUCCAAAUAUUGGUCGUGAUUGCAGCAGCAAGAAGAGUUUACCAAAAGGGGCUUUUCUUUUUAAGCUUGAAACAGUAGAAGAAAUGAAAAGGAAACAUAGUCAAGACAACGAUUCCUCUAUUCAAAUGUUAAAAGAUUUUCUGGAAGCGAAAAAUGAAGAAAUGAGUCAAUGUUUCUUACCACCCAAGUCCUUACUGCGUUAUGCUUUCUUGUUAGACAUUGUUAAGCCCACCUGCCGGAGAUCCACAUGCUUUACAAAAGGGUAUGGACACUAUGUGGAAGGGACAGGCUCAGUUCUGCAGACAGCAGUAGAUGUACAGCUUGAGUCAGUGUUUAAACACAUUGAAGAGUUACCAGAAGAAGAAAAGCUUAUGAAAUUGUCAACAUUAAAACUGAGGUACUUUACCCCAAGAGAAAUAGCAAAUCUUCAUGGAUUCCCACCGGAAUUUG